AUGGGAGAUCGGCGCCCCGGUGUGCACCGGAUGAUAUUGAUUAUAUGGAAACCACAGGGUGGCUUCUUAUUGGGCGCACCUGAUAAUCUGGCGCACCUGAAUAAAUCUGGAUUUGAUGGUAGCCCGCAGGGUUUGCCUCCUGGGUUGUGGUGGCUGAAUGUAGGUCUAGGAGAAAAGUUGAGCUUUGCAAGAGACAGGUUAAUGGAGAAUUUCUUGUGGACUAUUGGAAUGAUAUUUGAGCCAGAAUUUGGAUAUUGUCGGAGAAUGUCUACAAAGGUCAAUGUGCUCCUAACAACAAUUGAUAACGUUUAUGACGUAUAUGGCACCCUAGAUGAACUUGAAUUAUUCACCGAUGCAGUUGAAAGAUGGGAUGUCAAUGCAAUAGAGCAACUUCCAGACUAUAUGAAGAUUUGUCUCUUAACUCUAUAUAACACAAUCAAUGAACUAGCUUAUGAUACCUUUAAGGAACAAGGACUUCACAUCCUUCCUUACUUAAAGAAAUUUGUUCUUAUUAAUAAUGUUCUUAAAUCAUUUGUGAUGGUACUCGUUUUUUUUAUGUAUAAUGAUAACUAUUCUAUCACUUUAAUGCUUUCCAGUGGGCAGAUUUAUGUAAAGCUUACUUGUUAG